UUUUAAAAUAAUAUAAUGUGAUUUAUUCAUUUGAGAAAUAAAUAUAUAGCUGAGAUUCCCAUGAAUUUAAAUAUAAACACUUAUUGUAUUAAUUUCCUACUGUGAGUAAUCUUUUCAAGAGAAUGUGUAAUAAUAUAUGUUCUGAAAUCACUUCACUCGACAACGAAAAUAAACCUGCUAUUCCUUGUAUUUCAAUUUGUGAUUUGGUAUUAUUUUAAUGGUUGUCUUUAUAUCUACAGUAUAACUUUCUCUCAGUCAGCAUGACUUCUGAAACGUAGUGGGAAUGUCCAAGUGCAGGAUCAACCAAGCAGAAAUCAGCAGACAGAUAUUAUAUUCCCUACAAUUUCAUCUGCAGUGUACAGAUCGUGUUUCCACCAGACCUGCGUCUUGUUCCGCUCUUGCUUUCCCGCUAAUCUCUGGAUCUCUUCGAGAUGUCAGGCUGUAAUUAAACAUUCCCUUUGUUACCGCGGUCUAACCUGAGCUGUGCUCUGAGCUAGACGGACCCAGAGAUCUGCCACAAUACCCACCGCACUGUUUCCAGCAAAUCACAUGACGAUGAGCUACUCUGAAGAAAAUGGGUAGGAAUGAGCAUAUAUAGCUGCUUUUUUGCCACCUACACAGUCUGUCUCUCAAACACGCUUAUUUACACAAGAGUGAGCGUGCUCUGCUUCUACCUGAUAUGCCUGAGCUGUAAAGGUAAAGCCUUUAUUAUCUCGGCAGGCAGCAGAAGGUGUCACCUUCAUCGGACCUGACACACAUGCUACUCAAACCAUGGGAGACAAGAUCAGGGGCAAAUUAAUCGCCAAGAUGCCAAGGUCAGUGUCGUGCCCCCAUACGCGUGGGCUGGUCAAGGUGAGCAGCAGACACACGUCUAUUCUUUCAGCCACCUCAAAUGACUCAUCUCACGUCUGUCGUACUGUCAUGAGGGCAUCAGGACUGAUGUGUGUGUUUAUAAAGACUAGGUGUUGUCAGUUAGCUGUCAGCUCUGGGAAUAACAGAUUAGGCCUUUUUUGAUGCGUUGCCACUGUGGCAAAUUCUUACCUCCCUUGGAAUGCGAUCCAGGAACUCGUUGUUUGUGGAUGGAAAUGUGUGCGUGUGGUUGGAAGGGCCGUUGCUAAUGAGGGAUGUUUUGAAAACAUUUAAAGCCCUAAUGAUGCUGCUCCAAGAGUAAAGCCUCUUCCGGGGGCUGUGAUUUAAGAUGGUUUGAGGCUGUGGAAAAAUUGUUUCACCCAAUUUAAUUCUUGCGUUCCUGUUGUUAAAAUAUUGGGGUUAGAGGCUAACACAAAGAUGAGGAGGUGAAGGACCCUGCCGCAUGCGUGUGUUUUUAAAGUAAAGAGUAUUAAAGCUCCUUCAAUAGCAGCUCUGCGAGUUCUCAGUUCUCCAUUUUGUCUCGAGAGCACUUAAUUGUCUGCAUUUGGCAAGUUUAACACUUCCUGACUUGAGUGGCCUCACUUGAAUGUCUUUGCAUAGCUUUUGGGGACAAAAGAAAGGCCUAGAUGCAGAACAAACACACACACACACACACACACACACACACACACACACACACACACACACACACACACAAGCAUGCAAAUAUAUUAAAAAUCCAUAGUGACCGAAUGAAACAUGCCAAGAGAAAAUUUCCCACCGAGAAAUUUUGAGAUUUUAGCUGCGCCUAGUUCUGUCCGCCAGCCAAUUUUCCAUCAGGAAUCUCUCAUUAGCAGAUGUUUUUGGCCACAACACACACACACACCUCAGUGUGAUCUGGUGAACCCUAAAUUUAACAAGCGCUUACCAGAGCAGACGAGUUAAUGAAAGGAAAUGACCUUUUCUGCCAAUUUCCCCCUUCCAUUCAGGUGCUUUUUUAUGUCACAAUUUAAAAUGACAGAUACUUUUAUUUUGUACAAAAAAAAAAAACUGAUAAAUCUUUCCAAUGUUUUAUUAUUUCUGGGAAGCGCAUGAGUCAGGUAUUAACUGCAGUCAGAUGGCCACAUCUAUAUCUUGCUUGACCUGGUUUCCAAGACUUAUUGCCGACUUUAAGGUUUCUGAGGUGUCUGAUACUGGAAUGUAAGUUUUAAUUUCACUUUCAUGAACCUCAUUUUUUAUCAUUACAGCUUUUGAGUUGCUAAUAUAUUGAAUAAUUGUCCUCGAAUGAUUACUGUUCACAGUCUCAGUGUCCAUUCGCAACUAAAACUGCAAUCUGUUUGCUUAGUCAUUUUAGAAGACGGCGAUACAGGAUGAAGUUUAUUUACACCGCUGUCAUCUGUUCCCUGCAUAGCAACAAAGCCGAUGAUUUCCACAUAAGAGCAGUGGGGAGACUUGGGUAGACGGCCCCUUCAGAGCCCGCUGAAGUGAAGCCGUAGUUGGGUAUGUUGGCUGGUCUCGCCCGGCCGCCCCACAGCAGGUUUGAAGCCUCUUCUAUCUUUGCCUCAAAUCAAUAGAAGAGCUGCUCCCCCUGCUGCCUGUCUCACGCUACAACUUCCUCUUCCCUCACCUCUUCCAAUGGCACACAUCACCCUUCACAUUUCCUCUCCUUUUAUCCCCAUUUCUCUCUCUCUCUCUCUGCAGUGAAGCAGUCAGGAUGGUACCCGUUUGGCAGUGGCUGACAUGAGGUCUAUCAAGGAGGCCUGUUAGGCUAGUGGCAAGACGGAAACCCAUCUGGGAGGCCUUUUCCUAUGGAUGCAGGAGCUGUGCUGCUUCGCCCUCGACAAGCCAAGCAGAACAACUGGGGGACUUACGACGGACUGAGAAGGGGCCCAUGGAUGGAUUCCAAAGAGGUUAAUGCCACAACACUGCUAUGAGCCACGGCUAUACUUGGGACACCAGAUGAAAACGACAAGGCGGGAAGAUUUGGGAGGAGGCCAAGAUCAUCUGUUUACCCCCAAGGGCAGGGUCAAGAUGAAAGCCUUUAAGUGAAAAUGUCUCUCAGGGGCCGUCAAGGGCCUCCUAAACUGGAGCGACUGGAGUCUGUCAUGAGCCAGUUCUCUGGCAGCUUGGACCAAGAUGACCUACAAGACGACCCAGAGGAGCUGGACUUAAGUGGCCAUACUGACCUCUGUGGAGAACCAAGGAACAUAUCCUUUCAAGCAAUAUACAGCUUUCUUCCAUUCAAGUCCCUGGAUGGUGUUAUAUUUCUUGAAGAAGUGCCAAUCCAAGUACAAGUGACAGAGGUGGAGCGAUUCACAUCUACAAGGGUGCUGAAUCCCAACCUGUAUACGAUAGAGUUGAGCCAUGGAGAUUUCAAGUGGAAAAUCAAGCGUCGUUUUAAGCACUUCCAGGCACUUCAUCAGGAGCUGCUCAAAUUCAGGGCCCUCUUAAAAAUCCCCCUGCCAAGCCGAAUUUACUCAGUCAAAAGGAGGUCAUUUAAAGGCCAUAAACUGUUUCAUGGAGAACACAUCCCAACAUUACCACGAAGACCUGAUGCCCUCGUCAAGGAGGAACAGCUCAUCAGCAGAAAACUGCAACUUGAGGAUUAUCUGAGGAAUAUAUUGAAAAGGCAUUUAUACAGGACACAUCCUGCAACUCUUGAAUUUCUGGAAGUGAGUCAAAUCUCAUUUAUUCAGGAUCUCGGACCAAAAGGAAUUGAAGGUCUGAUCUUAAAGAAAUCAGGAGGAAACACAUUCCCUGUGUGUUACUGGUGCGGAUCCAACAGCGUCUGUUACCGGUGGUCCAAAAGAUGGCUGGUGGUAAAAGACUCCUUUGUUCUCUACAUGAGGCCAGAGGAUGGCCAAGUAGGCACCGUGAUUCUUUACGAUAAGGGAUUUCACAUCAAAAUAGGGACCAGGGAGACCGGAGUCAGGCAUGGAGUCACAAUUGAGAAUCUUUGCAGGGCGCUUACUAUCAAGUGCUCCACCUAUAGGCAGGCUCGUUGGUGGGGGCACUCAAUAGAUGAGUUUUCUCAAAUGUUCGGACAGGACUUUCUGAGGGAAAACCGCCAUGGGUCUUUCACACCUGUUAGAGAAAACACUUCUUUAAAAUGGUUUGUCAACGCAGCUGGAUACUUUGAUGCCAUAGCUGAUGCCCUGGAAGGAGCAAAGGAGGAAAUCUUCAUCACAGCCUGGUGGUUAAGCCCAGAAAUCUUCCUCAAACGGCCGGUAGUAGACGGGAACAUGUGGAGAUUAGACCAUGUCCUCAAGCGGAAAGCACAACAAGGUGUGAAGAUAUUUGUCCUGCUCUACAAAGAAGUUGAGGUAGUGAUGGGUCUCAACAGCGAGUACACAAAGAAGACCCUGAUGGGACUUCACUCUAAUAUCAGGGUCAUCCGACACCCUGAUCACAUGCCCUCCACAGCAUUGCUCUGGGCUCACCAUGAGAAGUUGGUGGUGAUUGACCAGUCACUCGCCUUUCUGGGAGGGAUUGACCUGGCCUACGGAAGAUGGGAUGAUUCCCAACACCGACUGACUGAUGUGGGAAGUGUGAGAAGAAGCCCUCAGCACAGUCCUGCUCUAUCCCCCAGCCUCACUCAUCAGUCAGUUGCCACAGUGGAGGAGGGUGAGGAGAUGAAGUUCAACGUGGUGGUCGAAGAAAUUCAGACUGGAGAAGGAGGAGCAGGGAGAGCAGGAGAUUCAGGCUCAGUGGAGGAUUCAGGAGAGGUCUGUGCAAGUUUAACUUUGCCUUUAGUGGAGGAACAGGGAGAAAACAACCUCAACCUGCCCACAGGAAGACUGCUAAGAACCCCCUCAGAGAAAAGUCACCACAGCUCUGAUGGAACAGAGUCCAAACAUUACAGUAGGAUUAGUCUUAAUUCCAGGACACCGUUCACUCGGGAAUAUUACACCAAGAGCUCUUCUCUGCAUUCCAGCGAUUCAUACUCUCUCGGCCUGCAUCACUCUCUCCCCCUGCCUUACGAGACUAGUUCACUAAGAAGCUACAUAGGCAGUACUGAACUCUGUGGAGAGACUCGUUUCUGGCAUGGCAAAGACUACUGCAACUUCAUCCUGAAAGACUGGGUCAAACUCAACAAACCUUUUGAUGAUUUCAUUGACAGGUAUAAGACACCACGGAUGCCUUGGCAUGAUAUUGGGGUGCUGGUUCAUGGGAAGGCUGCAAGAGAUAUUGCACGACAUUUCAUUCAGAGGUGGAACUUUACAAAGCUGGUGAAGAAGCGGUCGGGGGCGACGUGCUACCCCUGCCUCAUGCCCAAAUCUCUAUCCGCACCCAUGGUGCCAGCUGAGUACAGCGGCAAAUCAACACAGGCUAAUGUUCAGGUUUUGAGGUCAGUGUGCCAGUGGUCUAUUGGGUCGAAGGUCCAUGAGGAGUCGAUUCAUUUAGCCUAUGUAUCAGCCAUCCAGAACAGCAAACAUUUCAUCUACAUAGAGAACCAGUUCUUCAUCAGUUGUGCUGACAAAUCCAUCCACAACAGCAUUGGAGAUGCACUGACGGAGAGGAUCCUGCGGGCGUACAGGGAGAAGAAAAAGUUCCGGGUCUAUGUGGUGAUGCCCCUGCUGCCCGGCUUUGAAGGUGACAUCUCGUCAGGGGGGGGCCAAGCCAUCAAAGCAAUCAUGCACUUUAAUUACAGGACAAUGUGCCGAGGGGAGCGCUCCAUUAUUGAGAGGCUCAAAUGUGUGAUGGCAGAUUGCUGGAUCAAGUACAUCUCUUUCUGCAGUCUGCGCACUCAUGCUGACCUGGAUGGGCGUCUGGUCACUGAACUCAUUUACGUGCACAGCAAGCUCAUGAUCGUGGAUGACUGCACUGUCAUUAUUGGCUCUGCAAACAUCAAUGACAGGAGCAUGCUGGGGAAGAGAGACAGUGAAAUGGCUGUGGUUGUUGAAGACACAGAAUUCCAGCCCUCUGUCAUGGAUGGAGAGAGUUAUCAGGCUGGCAGCUUCGCUCUGUCUCUACGGGAGGAGUGCUUCAGACUUGUACUUGGCUUGCUGGGAGACAAUAUAGACAUCAGAGAUCCCAUCAGUGACCGAUUCUACAAGGAUGUCUGGAUGGUGACUGCAGCCAAGAAUGCCAGUGUGUAUGACAAGGUCUUCAGAUGUUUGCCCACUGAUGCAGUCCUGAACUAUAAGAUUCUGAGAGACUACAUGUCACGUCCUUGCAUGGCUAUAGAAGACCCAGCACAGGCCUGUGCCGAACUGAAGAAGAUACGAGGCUUUCUGGUCCAAUUUCCCUUGUAUUUUCUGUCUGAAGAGAACCUUUUCCCUUCCUUCAACUCUAAAGAGGGAAUCAUGCCCAUCGAGCUGUGGACAUAGACUCUUUGAACCUCUAAUGGCUGUCCUCUCUUUUGAUGCAUGUCAUCUAAUGAUGCUAUAUGUGCUGUCAGUAGCAUGCAAAAACUACCUCUGCCUUUCUCCUCUGUCUGUUGUCCCUGUAGGUUUAUAACUGAACUCUCUUAAUCAAAUAUACAUGGACACUGCAGCUGUUGUAAAUAA